CCAUAAACAAAAAAGGAUGCAAUGCAAUAGGUCAUAUACGAUAAAGGGCAAAUUAGUAAUUACAAAAAAAAUGCAGAAACAGAUGCUACAAAAAUUGGGGGUCACAGGUUUACCAGAGAGGACCCAACUACCCUAGACCACACUGUAUUUGGUUACAGUCUGAGACUCUGAGAGAGAGAGAGAGAGAGAGAGAGAGUAGAGACAGCUUUCACCAUUUGAGCCUAGCAUCUCCUUGCCACUCUUUUUUCACUCUUUUCCCCAUUACCCAAUAUCACAUUGCCCCAUUAACUCCAUCUUCUCUCUCUCUCUCUCUCUCUCUCUCUCUCUCUCUCUCUCUCUCUCUCUCCUCACUCAGCUUUUUAGACCUUAAAAUACAUCACUUUCUCCAAAAAACCUCUUCCAAACCCAACUUCAUCCUCCUCCGAUGGCUCUGUUCCAUUCAUUUUCUUCCUUUUCCCUUCUCUUCUUCUUCUUCGUCACUCUUUUCUCCAUUUCAUAUCAGCAACCCGUCCUCAACUCGGCCGAGCAAGACUCGGUCUACCAGGUCCUCGACUCGAUCAACUCCGACAUCCCCUGGCGCUCCUUAUUCCCCGGCGACCUCUGCUCUUCCGCUCCUCACGGCGUCGUUUGCGACUACUUCUCCGAGACCACAAGCAACGAUUCCUCCUCGGUCGAUACUGUUCACGUCGUCGAGCUCAACUUCGGGUACGUCUCGGACUACACUCCUAACCCACCUUGCUCUCCCAACUCCACGCUCAGUCCCCUUCUCUUCACUUCCUUUAAGUAUCUCCGGAAGCUCUUCUUCUACAAAUGCUUCACCGAUACGCGCGUCGUUUCGGUUCCCGAUAUUACUCCGAGUUUCGUGUCGACUUUGGAAGAGCUUGUUUUGGUGGAUAACCCAUCUUUGGUGGGUCCUAUCGGCUGGUUGCUCUGCAAUCUGACGAAUAUAAGGAGAGCGAUUGUGACUGGAAAUGGGGUCGAUGGGAAAAUCCCAGAUGGGAUUGGUGGGCUAGUCAAUCUGGCAGAGUUUACGCUAUCAAGGAACCGACUGAGCGGUGAAAUGCCUUUGGGUUUAUCCAAGUUGAAGAAACUGAAGGUUCUUGAUCUGAGUCACAACUAUCUCGAUGGCAACGUCCCUGAAUCAAUGGGUAAUCUCACGGAGCUUCUGAAGCUCGAUUUGAGCUACAAUGAGUUAUCAGGUAAGAUCCCAGAGAGUUUAAAAGCCAUGCAGAAGUUGGAGUUCUUGGACUUGAGCUUUAAUCGUUUUGGAAAUUUCGGAGUUCCUCUGUUUUUAUCGGAGAUGCUGAGACUGAGAGAAGUGUAUCUGAGUGGGAAUCAAUUGGGUGGGAAAAUCCCUGAAAAUUUGUGGAACAAUCUCGGAGGUGUUACCGGAAUAGGAUUUUCAGACAUGGGAUUGGUGGGGAGUAUCCCGGCAACGAUGGGUUUGCAUCUGAGAAAUCUAUGUUUUUUGGGGAUUGACAAUAACAAGCUUGAAGGGACAGUUCCUGAGGAGUUUGGGCUAUUGGAGUUCAUUAAUGAAAUCAACUUGGAGAACAACAGGUUGAGUGGUAGAGUCCCAUUUUCUGCAAAGUUGUCCGUUAAAAUGGGUCAGAAGCUCAAGUUGGCAGGAAACCCAGAACUUUGUGUUGAUGAGGGUUUGAGGUCUCUGAAGAAUAGUAGCAGUUUGGGAAAAUUGAAGGUCUGCAAGAAGCCAUAUUUGCCAAAUCCUGUCAUUUUCUGUGGGGAUUCUUCGGCUCAAGCUCAACCAAAGCCUCGGACUCUACCUUCCAUGUUUAUGAUUAUAGGGUUACUGUUUAUUUUCAUGUGCCAGCUUGAUUUCUAGGAUUAGACUUGAGACUUUUUUUUUUUUUUUUUUCUCUUCUCCCUUUUCGUCUGGGUUUUAGACUGUCAAAAAAAAAAAAAAAAAAAAAAAGGAAGCUAUUAUAGCUCUAAUCAAACAGAAAAACAAAAGAAAUGAACAGGUUAUACAGACUUAGAAAUGGGUUGUUUACUUUGAAUGCUCUGUGCCUCUGGUGUUGUUCCAGGGAAAAUAUGUAAUUAGUCUAUUUUUGAUGAAAAAGAUCAUACAAAGUAUUAGAAUA